GUAACAAGCAUUUCGGUUAAUGACAUUGCAGCCUACAAGAUGGUAGAGUUGAGUGUUAGGCAAACCUUUGCUGGGUACAAGGGCUGUGGGCGACCGCUGAGCUACGCAAGAGCGAACUUAAAAACAGCGCGCAGACCUGCUAUCUACGUUAAGUCCGUAGAAGAAGGACGGCGAGCCGAUGACGCUCUCUCUACACUGGACUCUCUACUUGGGUCGGCAGAUGCCUCGCAGGAUCCUGCCCGCGAUCCCGGCCUGAUCGAGUGGUGGCGAAUCCGCCCGCGCCAGGACGCUCCACCCCGCACCACUUCCACCUCGCACUCGCCGGGCGGCCGAUUUAUCGCAAAUGAGGAGAUGUUGCGGAAUGAGGUUUGGGCUGGCACCAGGACGCGACUGGGUCAGGCGAUAGAGCUCCCCAAGGUCACCCCAUAUCUGUCGUACAUGAUGGCGCUGGUCAACGCGGCCGUGUACGGCGUUGUCGUACGGGUGUCGGCGACCCAGGGCCCGGAUGCGGCGGGGGAGCUGAUGGGCACCAUUGGGCUGAGUCGCGAGGCGGUGCUGGAGCAGGGUGAGGUGUGGCGGCUGCUGAGCGGCUGCCUGGUGCAGCCCGACCUGGCCGCGCUAGCAGUGCUGCUGGCGGGCAUGACGCUGGUGGCGCCGCGGGUGGAGGCGUCGCUGGGCUACCGUACCUUCGCCACCGCCUACCUGCUCUCAGCGCUGGUAGCCGCAGACGUCGUGGUCGCCCUGGGCGGCAGCAGCAGCGAACAGGAACUGCUACUAGCUGCAGCCCCUGCUGCCUCGCAAACCGCUGCAGAGGCUGCUGCUACAGCAGUGGCAGCAGCCGCGGUUCCGCCCGACAGCGCUGUCGUACUCGAAGCCGUACUGCACCCUGCAGGACAAGCCCUGACGGCUGCCGCUGCUGCUGCGGGGUUGGGCGCGCUAGGCGCGGUGGCGGGCAUGGCGGGAUGCGCCCUGGCACACGAGCUGAUCAACGGAGCGGUGGAGAGGAGUGCCAGCCACAGCAAGGCGAGCAGCAGCGGUAGCAGUAGCGCUGUCCAGCAGGGUGUGAGUGGAUCUGCCGUGCGGGCUGGGGCGCUGGCUGCGGGGUGUGUGGCGGUGGCGGUGCAGCACCUGCAGGAGCCGGGGGGUGGCGCACUGGUGGCGGCGGUAGGGGCGGCGCUGGGCACAGGCUUUGCGCUUGCAUCCCUGGCGGGGCCUCGCUACCAGAUCACCCGGGAGGUUGAGCUGCCCUCGGGGUCCAUGUGGAUUCCGGAUCCAGACGCGGUGGAGGAGGUCACUGUGGUGCUGGACCAGACGCCCGCGAUCCAGAGGAUGCUUGCGUCAGGCGUGCUUGCCGUGAUGGCAGUGGCGGGUAGUGCAGCCGUGACAUUGGGGGCAGGCAUGUAGGCAGGCAGGGUCGGGGAAUUGGCUUAGGAGGGGCGCAGUGCAGGAUGCGAGCUGUGUUCGCUGUACUUUAGCCUUGUAGUUUGUAGCCGUGUAAGCGUGCAACGUAGGCGUAGAGGUUGAUGCCGAUUGCUUUAUGAUUGAAGGCUGGGGCUCAAGGAUGGGUGAACUAGGUUUAGUCUGCUGCAGCAAGUAGCGCAAGGAGUGUAUGCAAUGUGCAUACUAACAAACGCAAAAGGCAUUUCCAGUAGACUACGAAGAUUGAUACCCAUCACAAAACAUGUCCUCCUGUUACACAUACUCGUAUAUGUAACAUACCAACCGCAG